AGUUGAAUUGACAAUACAGAUUUUAAAAAGAAUAUAAAGAUAUAACAAACAAACCAAAUAAAAACAAAACGGCUUCUUGGCGGGAAGAGAGAAGAGAAAGAAGAUGGAGAAUGCGAUGAACUUGGCAUGGGUUCCCGAGGGAAGGAAACGGCGCGUGAGCUACUUCUACGAGCCAGCGAUCGGAGAUGGCAACCGACGGGAAUCACAACAGAUCAGUACGACUUACGACCUCAUCCGCAGCUAUCACCUCCAUCACGACUUGGAUAUCAUCCGUCCUACUCCUACCCUCGCCGAAGAUUCAGAUUUCAUUCGGUUCCACUCGCCGGAGUACAUAUCAUUCCUCCGCUCAGUCACGCCGGAGUACGCCGUAACGGACACUUCUUCUUCUUCCUCUUCCCUCAAGCGCUUCAACUUAGACGUGUGGAACACCCCUGUCUUCCGUGGCCUCUUCGAAUACUGCCGUCUCUACGCUGGUGCCUCUAUCUCCGCCGCCAACAAACUGAACCGACGCGAAGCUGAUAUCGCCAUCAACUGGUCCGGCGGGAUGCACCGUGCCAAGUGGGAUAAGGCUUGUGGCUUUGGCUACGUCAACGACGUUGUGCUUGCGAUCCUCGAGUUGCUCAAUGUCUUCAAGCGAGUGCUCUACAUAGAUAUUGGUUAUUACCGUGGAGAUGCAGUACAAGAAGCAUUCAACAAAACUGAUCGAGUUAUGACUAUUUCUUUCCACAACUCUGGGGACCAAAGAACAGGAGGCAUAGUAGACUACGGAGUAGGAAAAGGAGAGUACUAUUCUUUAAAUGCACCACUAAAAGAUGGCUUGGACGAUGCAAGUUUGGUUACUCUAUUCGUACCUGUUAUCCACAAGGCUAUGGAGGUUUAUCAGCCGGAAGCAAUUGUUCUUCUCUGUGGCCCUGAUUCACUAGCUGGUGAUGAGUUGGGUAACUUCAACUUGACUACCAAGGGUCACGCUGCUUGUCUCCAGUACGUAAGAUCAUUUCAUGUUCCUCUCAUGCUCUUGGGUGGUCAAGGUCACACUCUUGGAAAUGUUGCUCGUUCCUGGUGCUGUCAGACAGCUGUUGCGGUUGGAAAAGAACUUAAGGACAAUCGCCAUAUCACUGUGGGCGACGAGUGUUUUGCCCCAGAUUAUCAACUUCAUAUCGAGCCACACCCCAUGGAGGAUUUAAACACAGACGAAUAUAUUGGAUACAUAAAGAAGACAUUACUAGCGCAACUUUCGCAAGUGAUACACGCACCCAGUGUGUAGUUUCAAGACACUCCACCAGUCAGUCAAGUCACAGAAGCAGCUGAAGAGAACAUGGAGACGUGACUAGUAGUGC